AUGGCCGACGCACAAUCCACCGUCACCAGGGCGACCUCGCUCAGCAGAAAGUCCACCGUUGCCAGCCGCAACGCUUCUCUCAUCAAGAAGAACACCGGCCCUCACGAGCUUCGUCCUUCCGACAUUCUCAUCGAGCGUUUCACUGGUUGGAAGCACAUCACCAAGCAGCUUAUUAGCUACUUUGAGGGUAUCGCCGACAUCGAGUACAACACAGCCAAGGAGCUAACCAAGCUUGGCGGUGUCAUCCAGGUUCCCUUCCGCGAGGGUAAUCAGUUCCUCGGUGAGGACGGUAUCCAGGACAUCUACUACGGUAUCCGCGACAAGACCCGCGUCAUCGCUGAUCACCACGCCAACCUUGCCAAGACGGUCGAGGGAUCUAUCGUCCAGCACCUCCAGAAGCUCCGCUCUGAGAUCAAAGCCCACAUCAAGAAUGUCCAGCAGGACACUGGCAAGCUCGCCAACUCGGUCGCCAAGGAGCGCGAGAUGUCCACCAAGAUGAUCACCGAGCUCGCCCGCUCCAUCACUCUCCUCAAGAACACCCCCAUGAGCGUCACCGCCCGCGAGGACCCUUUCGCUGCCAACCAGCAGGUCUUCCGCCAGCUCCAGCGUCAGGUCAACGAGGAAAACGCUCUCCAGAAGUCCAUUAUUAUCAUGCAGCAGAACUCGGCCCACUUCGAGGAGGGCAUCGUUCGCAGCAUCCAGAGCGCUUGGCAGACCUUCGACGAGUGGUCCGGCCGCAUGUCGGCCCAGGUCCAGGACACGUGGCUCAGCCUCGGCGUCCAGAUGCGCUCCCUCCAGCCCAACUCCGAGUGGAUCGCCUUUGCGGCCCGCUCCGACCACCUUCUGGACCCCGACACUCCUCUGCGCAACCCCGAGACCAUCGACUACCCCGGGAAGGACGACCCUUCGGUCAUCCCCGUCCACCAGGGCAUCCUCGAGCGCAAGAAGCGUUUCACCAAGACCUACAAGGAGUCCUUCUACAUCCUCACCCCCGCCGGUUACCUCCACGAGCACGGUUCUUCCGACCCCACCAAGCACCCUCAACCCGAACUCUCGCUCUUCCUGCCUGAAUGCACCCUCGGACCUCCCUCGACCAUGGCCGCUAAGAGCCACAAGUUCCACAUCGAGGGCCGCAAGGUCACGGGCAACCAGUCGGCCGUGCCGUCCAAGGGUCUCGCCAGCCUCGGCAUGGGUCGCGAACAUGCUUACACCUUCCGCGCUCGCAGCCACGAGGAGAUGAUGGAGUGGUGGAACGACAUCAAGCAGCUCUCCAAGGUCUACCUCACCACCUCGGAGCAGAUGGACCGCUCCGGUAUCGUCCCCGCCGCCGUCCGUGCCGCCGGUUACCGCUCCGAGGAGGAGGACGAGGAGGAAGAGGAGGACGGAAGCUCCAUCGAGGAGGAAGAUGAGGAGUACGAGGAAGCUGCUGACGAGAACGACCCUCACGCCGCCCCCGCUAUCUCCGGCGCCUCGCAUGGCGCUGCUGCUACCGGCACCUCGGCCUCGGCUACCAAGGAGGAGGAGGUCCCCGCCUACACUGGUGGUGCCGCCUCCCAGGGCGAGGUGGGAGCCAACGGCUACCUUCUCGAGAAGAAGGGCGAGUCCGCUCAGGCAGGUGAGCCUUCCCAGGACGGCUUGAACCGUAGCGCCUCGUCGGCUGGCAAGGAGAAGGCCGCCGAGACUGAGGCUAAGGAGGCAUAA